AUGACUCGUGCCAGUCCUCUAGCUAAUACUAAUGAAAGUACUACUCCUGAUCUGGAUACGUUGGUAGCUCCCAAUGACUCGUCUCUUGCUUCUACGUUACCUGCUCCAGUCAUGCCUUCAUCAGAUGCAGUAACUCCACCAAUUUCCAUACACAAAGGACAAGGACUAUUAUAUGAAGAUAAAGGUAACAAAAACAUUAUUGGAUAUUCUGAUGCUGAUUGGGCAGGUUCUCCGUCAGAUAAACGCUUUACUUCUGGGUACUAUGUCAUGAUGGGGGAAAAUCUAAUUUCUUGGAAAAGCAAAAAGCAAGAUGUUAUUGCUAGAUCUAGUGCAAAAGCAAAAUAUCGAGCUAUGACCCUUGUUACAUGCGAGCUUACUUGGUUGAAAUAA